CAGCUCAGCAAUCUGUGCCGGGAGGACGCGGGCGGCUGACUUCUCUGAGGCUGCGCACCGCGAGGAGUUCCCACGGUCCCUCAGCAGAUUUCUGCAGGGGAACCCCAAGGGGGCAGGAUGAUCUGGGAAGUCACUGUGUUGCUCAGCUUGGUCCUGGGAAUUGCUGCUAUUCCCCUGGAGGACCCUGAGGAUGGAGGCAAGCACUGGGUGGUGAUUGUCGCAGGAUCACAGGGCUGGGAUAAUUACAGGCACCAGGCAGAUGCAUGCCACGCCUACCAGAUCGUUCACCGAAACGGGAUCCCUGAUGAGCAGGUCAUCGUGAUGAUGUAUGACGACAUCGCCAACUCCCACCAGAAUCCCACCCCGGGAAUUGUGAUCAACAGGCCCAACGGCUCAGACGUGUACCACGGGGUGCCGAAGGACUACACGGGCGAGAAUGUCACCCCGGAGAAUUUCCUUGCUGUGUUGAGAGGUGAUGCAGAAGCAGUGAAGGGCAUAGGAUCUGGAAAGGUCUUAAAGAGUGGCCCCAAGGACCACGUGUUCGUUUACUUCACGGAUCAUGGAGCCACUGGGAUACUGGUGUUUCCUGACGAAGAACUUCAUGUAGAGGACCUGAAUGAGACCAUCCGUUACAUGUACGAACACAAGAGGUACCAAAAGAUGGUGUUCUACAUUGAAGCCUGUGAGUCUGGGUCCAUGAUGAACCACCUGCCACCCGACAUCAAUGUUUAUGCAACUACGGCUGCCAACCCCACGGAGUUUUCCUUCGCCUGUUACUACGAUGACGAGCGGGACACGUUCCUGGGGGACUGGUACAGCGUCAACUGGAUGGAAGAUUCAGACGUGGAGGAUUUGACCAAAGAGACCCUCCACAAGCAGUACCAGGUGGUGAAGUCCCACACCAACACCAGCCACGUCAUGCAGUAUGGGAACAAGUCCAUCUCUGCCAUGAAGCUGAUGCAGUUUCAGGGUCUGAAACACAAAGCUAGCUCUCCCAUCUCGCUGCCCCCCGUCAGUCGCCUUGAUCUCACUCCAAGCCCCGAGGUGCCUCUCUCCAUCAUGAAAAGGAAGCUGAUGAGCACCAACGAUGUGCAGGAGGCCAGGCGUCUUGUCCAGAAGAUUGACAGGCUUCUGGAGGCCAUGAACAUCAUUGAGAAGUCAGUGCGGGAAAUCGUCACCUUGGUCUCGGGCUCCGUUACCAAGGUGGACAGGCUCCUGUCCCAGAGAGCCCCGCUCACAAAGCACGCAUGCUACCAGAAGGCCGUGUCGCACUUCCGCUCACACUGCUUCAACUGGCACAACCCCACGUAUGAGUAUGCUUUGAGACGUUUGUACGUGCUGGUCAACCUUUGUGAAAACCCUUAUCCAAUUGACAGAAUAAAAUUGUCCAUGAACAAGGUGUGCCAUGGCUACUACUGAAACACUGCCUCCUUGAAGCUUUACUGAAUGUGAUCACCGUCCCUUAGAAUGUGUGCUAAUCAGACUGGACAGCUGGAGCCUGAGGGAGGCUCCGCUCCCCCAGCCCAGCGGCUGCGUCCUCCCAGGAAUGCCGUCGGGCCACCGGAGCCACGCUCCAGGCCUCUCCCAGGAUGGCUUGCUCACCUUUACCUACUUCCCCCAGCACCUACAGGUCCUGUCUGAUCCUCUGAAAAGCCCAGAGAUUUGGGAAGCUCUGUGUUGAGAAGGGUGUAUUUGCUUUUUAAGAGGGUGUUUUGCCCAUGACGUUUAAGGAGUGAGAAGUUCACUGGGACGUCUGUAGCCAGUGAAAGAGUCUUUGUUCUGUCGAAUCUGAUGUCAGAACCUCUUAAGUCUUCAAAUGAUUUUCUGGAAGAGGGACAUAAAUUUCUCCAAAUGGAAAACUAUUUUUAGAAAAUAGCAUAAUUUUGGAUUGUUUUAUAUUUUAUUUGGCAGUAAUGGACAGGUCUAAAAAAUAAAGAUUUAUCACUGAACCUGAGUAUUAAUUUCAGGUCCCUGACGUUUUCAUUUAUGUUCCUGGCCCCUCCUCGUGGAGCCCUCCCCCUGUCUGUCUGUCUCCUAUCCCCUUCCCCAUCCCACUGGUUGGCUUUUCCUGCCAGCUCCCCUCUCCCCCAGCUUCCUGUACUUUUCAGCCUCCUGUGCCUUUGUUCCUUGCUGUGCCUUGUGCCCUGGAGUGCCUGCCCCUCCAUCUGGCCCAUCCUCAAGGUGUAUCUGAAAGUGCCCUGUCUUCCUCAACUUCCUACUCCUCUGUCUGUUGGCGUUUGCACUUCCCUUGGGUCUUUUCCAGCAUGUGUUGGGGUCUGCCAUAUACACUGCACACGGGGUCUGGGAGGUUAUCUUUGAGGGCAGAGGCUGCCUGUGUUACCCUUGUUUCUCUUGGCCUGGUGUCCCACAAGGGGUGACACCCACCCUAGCUUUGUGAAAGACAUUUAAAAGGAGCACUAACUCUCCCCGGGCAGUAGAAUAUUAUGCAGCAACAAAAAAGGAUGAAGCUCUGAUACAGCUCCAGCACUUAGCCCAGGAAAAGCAGCCAGUUACCUAAGACCCCUGUAUUACAUGAUUCCGUUUGUAUUUAAGGUCCAAAAUAAACAAGUCUAUUGAAACAGAAAAUAGAUGCAUGAUGCUGGGAACUGGGGAGGGGAAAUGUGGAAACAGUCAGUGCUAAUGGGGGUGUGGAUUAUUUGGGGGGUGAUUAAAAAUGUUUGGAAGCUGAUCGUGAUAGUAGUUGGUUAUGCAACUCUGAAUGUACUAAAACCCAGUGACUUGUACACAACAAAUGGAAUGAUAUGGUUUGCUAAUUAUGUUUCAGUAGCAUUUUUAAAACUAAGCCAUAUAGCUAGAUGGGCUGUUUUAAAUAGAAAGAAAACAAAGAAAAAAGGAACACUAAACCAGGACACUUGUGACCACCUGUGUGUACAUGAUGUCUUCUUUAGCAGUGGCAGAUGCCUUUAAAGUUUGGAGGUAGAGACUGAAGGCAGAGAUAUUGUCAAACAGGGUUAAUUCCAGGGUGAUGCUUCUGUUUCUAAUGGGCCCGUUUUUAAUCAGGUUAUCCUUUCUCUGAGAGGCUGUCUUAAUAUAGUCAAUCGCAUGACCAGGAUAAAGAACUUUUACUGUCCUACAAAUCUAGGGGAGCUUGAGGGUUUUAAUAAGUAGAAGAAGCAUAUGGUGUUUAAAUGUUUAUCACUAAAGCUCAAGAACGGGCAACCCUGAGGGCUGACUGAUGUUCAAAAAGCAGAAUUUUUAAAAGGAGUCUCUUAAAACACCUCAAGAUUCAGGUAGGAAAAACUCCGUUCUUCUCUUUUCUAGAACCGUUACCUACGCUUAUAACCCUGCUUCCCUCUCUUUCUUUGUCCUCCCUGUAGAACAAAAAUAUAUUUAACUACUUAACAAGUGCAGAAACUUGAAUGUU